AUGUCGGCUAAAGAUUGUACUCCUGCACCUAAAUUCAGUUUAAAUGAUAUUAGCCAAUCUAUUCUUGACACCGAAUAUGCUAUUCGUGGCACUAUACCAACUAGAGCUGACGAAUUGCAGGAACAAUUAAACAUUUCUCCGAAUCAAUUACCAUUUAAGAAAAUUAUUUAUGCAAAUAUUGGUAAUCCACAGCAAUUAGAACAAGAACCAUUAACCUUCCAAAGACAAGUCCUAUCAUUAGUAGAAUAUCCCAAUUUAGUCAACUCUAAAAAUAUAUUGGUAGAAAAUAAAAUAUAUGCCCCUGAUGCAAUAAAGAGAGCUGAAACUAUAUUGAAUUCCAUCGGUGGUUCAGUAGGUGCAUAUUCUUCAUCUCAAGGUAUAUUGUCUAUCCGUAAAAAUGUAGCGAAGUGUAUUUUACAAAGAGAUAAUGAUGAGCUAUGUUGUAACGAUGAAGAAUUAAUCAAUGAAACUGCAAGCAAUAUUUUUUUAACUGAUGGUGCUACAACAGCAGUUAGUUAUAUUUUACCUCUUUUUGCUAAGGAUGAAAAUUGUGGUGUAUUAUUACCAAUUCCACAAUAUCCUCUAUAUACAGCUGCAGUUACUCUACAAAAUUCCAAAUUAUUACCUUAUUAUUUAAACGAAGAUGAGAAUUGGUCUACAGAUCCAGAAGAGAUUGAAACAAUUAUUAAAGAUGCUAUCUCACGAAACAUUAAGCCAACAACAUUGGUCAUCAUUAAUCCCGGGAAUCCCACAGGUGCCAUUCUUUCUGUCGAAUCUAUUACACAAAUCAUUAAUAUAGCGGCUAAAUAUGGAAUUGUAAUUAUCGCUGAUGAAGUUUAUCAAAAUAAUAUUUACCAAGAUUUUAAAUUUCAUUCAUUUAAAAAAAUUUUAAAUAGUUUAAAAUUGCAAUAUCCUAAAAAGUAUGAUAAUGUUCAAUUAGCAUCGUUACAUUCUAUAUCGAAAGGUGUGAAUGGAGAAUGUGGUCAACGAGGUGGGUAUUUUGAAUUAUUAGGAUUUUCUGAUGAAAUUAAAAAAAUUAUAUUAAAAUUGGCAUCAAUUGAUAUUUGUUCAGUAGUUACUGGUCAAAUCUUGGUGGAUCUUAUGUCCAAACCUCCUGAAAAGGGAGAUUAUUCGUAUAAACUGGAUCAACGGGAAAGAAAUAAUAUCCAAUCGAAUUUAAUUUUGAAAUCCAAUACACUUUAUGAUUUGUUUAGUAGACUACCUGGGAUAUCGUGUCAAAAACCACAAGGUGCAAUGUAUCUAUUCCCCAGAUUACAUUUAACAUCAAAUAUGAUCAAUGAAGCCAAAUUAAAUAAUUUAGAGCCUGAUGAGUUUUAUUGUUUAAAAUUAUUAGAAAAUACAGGGAUUUGUACUGUUCCUGGAUCAGGUUUUGGUCAAAAAGAGGGAACAUAUCAUGUUAGAACCACAUUUUUACCUUCAGGAAUUGAAUGGAUUAAAUUAUGGGAAAAAUUUCAUUUAGAAUUUAUGAAUCAAUAUAAAUGA